GCUGCUUUUCCUGGGCAGGGCCUGCUUGCUCCAGCUCUCAAGUCUGACUUGCAUCUACGCUGUGGGCAAGAUGCGGCUGCGAGACCGCGUCGCCACAUUCUUCUUCCCAAAAGGCAUCGUGCUCACCAUGGCUGCACUGAUGCUCUUCUUCUUACACCUGGGCAUCUUCAUCAGCGACGUGCACAACUUCUGCAUCACCCACCACUACGACCGCAUGAGCUUUCAAUACACGUUCGUCCUGAUGUUCUCCCAGGUGAUCAGCAUCUGCUGGGCCACCAUGGGGUCACUCUAUGCUGAGAUGACAGAAAACAAGUACAUCCGCUGCUCUGCCCUGACCAUCCUGAUGCUCAACGGAGCCAUGUUCUUCAACCAUCUGUCCUUGGAGUUUCUGGCCAUCGAGUACCGGGAAGAGAACCACUGAGGCCUGGGGAGUCGGAACAGGGCUGAGGAGGCUGAACAAAAAGGCUGCCUCGGGCGUUUUAAUAAAGUUGUUGUUUAUUUCCA